UGUGCCGACCCUCUCUUUUCUUUUGGCUUCCAGCUCUGCUUGGAGGCAGGCAGCUACUGAAACUGACACCCACAGGGUUAAAACUAGUUGCUGUAACCAUCCCUCCUCCCGCCAGUCCCCCUUUUCACUGUAGGCUGGCAGCUGUCCUAACUGCCUACUGAAGCCAAAUGCUUGAGGAGAGAGAGAGUAAGGAGCCAGCCAUGAAUCCCUUCCAGAAAAAUGAGUCCAAGGAAACUCUUUUUUCACCUGUCUCUACCGAAGAGGUGCUGCCUAGACCUCCAAGUCCUCCAAAGAAGUCGCCUCCGAAAAUCUUUGGCUCCAGCUAUCCACUCAGCAUCGCCUUCAUUGUGGUGAAUGAAUUCUGCGAACGUUUUUCCUAUUAUGGCAUGAAAGCUGUGCUGACCUUGUAUUUCCUGUAUUUCCUGCACUGGAAUGAAGACACCUCCACAUCUGUAUACCAUGCCUUCAGCAGCCUCUGCUAUUUCACCCCCAUCUUGGGAGCAGCCAUUGCUGAUUCGUGGCUGGGGAAAUUCAAGACAAUCAUCUAUCUCUCGUUGGUGUACGUUCUUGGCCAUAUAUUCAAGUCUUUGGGGGCCAUUCCAAUACUGGGAGGAAAAACGCUACAUACAAUCUUAUCAUUGAUUGGCCUGAGUCUAAUAGCUCUGGGGACAGGAGGUAUCAAACCCUGUGUGGCAGCUUUUGGUGGAGACCAGUUUGAAGAAAAACAUGCAGAGGCGCGGACUAGAUACUUCUCUGUCUUCUACCUCUCCAUCAAUGCAGGGAGCUUGAUUUCUACGUUCAUCACACCCAUGCUGAGAGGAGAUGUGAAGUGUUUUGGGGAAGACUGUUAUGCACUUGCUUUUGGAGUUCCAGGAUUGCUCAUGGUAGUGGCACUUGUUGUGUUUGCAAUGGGAAGCAAGAUGUACAGAAAACCACCCCCUGAAGGAAACAUAGUGGCUCAAGUGAUCAAAUGCAUAUGGUUUGCUAUCAGCAAUCGCUUCAGGAACCGUUCUGGGGACAUUCCAAAACGGCAGCACUGGCUAGACUGGGCAUCAGAAAAAUAUCCAAAGCAUCUCAUUGUGGAUGUGAAGGCACUCACCAGGGUACUGUUCCUUUAUAUCCCACUGCCCAUGUUCUGGGCUCUUUUGGACCAACAGGGCUCACGAUGGACACUGCAAGCUAACAAAAUGGAUGGUGAUUUGGGAUUUUUUGUGCUUCAGCCGGACCAGAUGCAGGUACUAAAUCCCUUUCUGGUUCUUGUCUUCAUCCCAUUGUUUGACCUUGUCAUUUAUCGGCUGAUCUCCAAGUGCAGAAUUAAUUUCUCCUCACUCAGGAAAAUGACUGUCGGUAUGAUCCUAGCAAGUCUGGCAUUUGCAGUUGCAGCACUUGUGGAGAUAAAAGUAAAUGGAAUGACCCAUGCCCAGCCAGCUUCCCAAGAGAUUUUCUUACAAGUCUUGAACCUGGCAAAUGGUAAAAUAAAGGUGACAGUUCUAGGAAGUAGAAAUAAUUCCCUCUUGGUGGAGUCCGUCAGCUCUUUUCAGAACACAACACACUAUUCCAAACUACACCUGGACACAAAAAUCCAAGAUUUACAUUUUCAUCUGAAGUAUAACAACUUGUCUGUCUACAACAAGCAUUCUGUAGAAGAGAAGACCUGCUACCAUUUGGUUAUUCAUGAUCAUGGGGAAAGUGUCUCCAGUGUGCUGGUAAAGGAUAUGGAAAUCAAACCAGCCAAUGGAAUGACAGCCAUCAGGUUUAUUAACACCCUGCACAAAGACAUCAAUAUCUCCUUGGAUGAAGAUGUUCCUCUCAGUGUGGGCAAAGACUACGGAGUGUCCGCAUACAGAACCAUGAUGAGAGGAGAGUACCCUGCAGUGCACUGUGAGACAGAAGACACAAACUUUUUUCUUGAUUUAGGUCUACUAGACUUUGGUACAACGUAUCUGUUUGUUAUCACCAAUAUCACCAAUCAGGGUCUUGAGAUUUGGAAGACAGAAGAAAUUCCAGCCAAUAAACUAUCCAUUGCAUGGCAGCUACCACAAUAUAUCCUGGUUACAGCAGCAGAGGUCAUGUUCUCCAUCACAGGACUUGAAUUUUCUUAUUCUCAGGCACCAUCUAGCAUGAAAUCUGUGCUCCAGGCAGCCUGGUUGCUGACAGUUGCAGUUGGGAAUAUUAUCGUGCUUGUUGUGGCACAGUUCAGUGGCCUGGUACAGUGGGCCGAAUUCGUUUUGUUCUCCUGCCUCCUGCUGGUGGUCUGCCUGAUCUUCUCCAUCAUGGGCUACUACUAUGUUCCUUUAAUGUCAGAGGGGAUCCACGAGCCAACGGAUAAGCAGCUUCCUCAUCCCCAGGGGAAUAUGAUCAACCUCGAAACUAAGAAUACAAGGCUCUGAUGACUCAUUGGACUCAUAACCGCUUCCUAGCUCUGGUUUCAGCAUCACUUAUCUUCAAGCAUAUUUCCCCCUGCCACCACCAGGUUAGGACAAGGACGUAGCAUUUUAUCUGAGUGGCUCUUCUCCACUUUUCUACAUAAUAGAGACAAUUCUAGGACUCGGUUUUCAGGUAUAUCUUUAGACAAGAAUUCAAGAGACUCUCUGUCCUCUAGGCUAUCAAUAAGCUCUCUAAACAUAAGCCAAUGUGCCUCAAGCUAGCCCAGUACCUCCAAAUGGUCAUGAAAAUACAAAUGUGUAAUACAGAUAAGUCUCUGCGGGUAUGCCAAGUUUAGGAGACUCCUUUAUCAGGUAUUUAGAACUGAUAAUUUCACUUGUUGAUGUGUUGGUUUGGGGGGAAAUGCAGAAUAAUAGAGGAAUAGUAUUUCAAGUUUCUUUAUCUGUAGUAUAAUUGUGCUAUUCAUGAAGGUGUCAAGAAUGGUAUGUAUGGUAUGAUCUAAUCCAGAGGCUAGCUUGUCAGCCUUUAGUAAGUUUAAUAUGAUUUUAGAUGACAGGCUACAGAACGGUAUUUUAUCAGCUCAUGAAAGAUACAUCUUUCUGAUUACCACAGUGUUUCAUCUACUUAUCUGAACACCCCUUUCUCAAGUACUGACAAACCACAAUUAAAAACAGUAAGCACAGAUGUGGGGACACAGGAACACAUAUAAAUUAUUCUUUGUUCUUUAGUGCACAUUCCUCUAAGGAACUCUAGUGUUUCUUCCCUGGACUGUGCUCUUCUGAGGACAUCUGUCUAAGAAACUAACUCUGGACCCAGCCUGUUGCAGUAUUGCAACAGUAUUGCUGGGACAGCUUUAUCUUGCUAUUCAUCUUAUUUUGCUUAUUACAGCAAAUCUUCAGUAACAAAAUGUUUUUUUUCUAGUUCAACUUCCUUUAAUUUUUUUCUAUUUAGCUUCUUUGUGGUGUAUUUUUAGUUCUUCCAUAUUUUUUGUUUACAUUUCUCCCUUUAGGCUUAGCAGUGUUCUGUUUAUCGAAAAGGGAUAACACUUCUAUUCUAGGUUUGAAGCUCUAAAUUGUAGUAUUCAACAAAUGGUCAAGGUCCUGCAUGAGGAACCUGCCAAGAUUGCAGGGGUGAGCAGAGCAUGUGGGCUUUCUCUGUGUGCAUGUGUGAACAAAAAGUGCUGGGAAACAAACAGUAUCUCACAUCCAAGUGUGGAUCAAGGGACAAGUUUGGGACUAUCGGGCUGUGUUAUGCAUUACUAGGGGAAAAAAAUCACAACCCGUGUAUGAAAGACCUCAUUUCCCUCCUUUAACUACCUUGUUCCCAUCUAUAGCCAAUGCUGGAUUGCAAAUUGUUGAUAAUGUAAUAUAUUCUUAAGAGAAUUUGCUCCAAUUCCUUAAGCUUUAAAUACUGCAGUUUUAAUGGCUAAGGUUUUAGAAGCACAGAAGGGGUCGCAACACCAUUGAUUUCCCCCAGAUAUCCUAUUGCAAACCUGUCCAUAUUUCUUCAAAAGAUAAUCAUUUUUAAGCAGCUUUAACUCAAACUGUUUUUGUGAAUUUUGUUUUAAGAGAUGUUAACACUGAUCUGUGAAUAAAUGUUUUUAUGUACAAGUAAA